AUGGAAGCAUUGACUAAUGUGACUAAGGGGCAGGAUGACUUGCGAGUUCUCGUCGAGAAUUCCAGAAGGGUUGAGAAUGGAGGACAUUCGAGGCUGUUUGACGAUGUGUCUGGUAGGAUUGACGAUCAUCAUGAUCCGAUUGAGUUUGAUCGCUUGGGAGGGCACUAUAAUCCUUUCAAUCAGAAUCAUGGGUUUCCACCUCCAUCUCCGUCUCAGGAAGCCGAGAGGUAUCGUCUGAUUGAAGAACGUCUCAGAGCUGUUGAAGGCAAAGGGGUGUUAGGCAUGGAUAUCAAUGACUUGGGGUUGGUUCCGGGUGUGAGGAUUCCACCGAAAUUCAAAGAUAGCUUGGCUGGAGCUUCCUUGGAGUGGUAUGUUCAACUCGAACGCACUCAUAUUCAUUCUUGGAGAGAUCUUGUGGAGGCUUUCAUUAAGCACUAUCAGUACAAUGUUGACAUGGCGCCUAAUCGAACUCAGUUGCAGAGUUUGGUUCAAGGAUCUAAAGAAUCUUUCAAAGAGUACGCUCAGAAAUGGCAUGAGUUAGCUGCAAGAGUUCAACCACCUAUGACUGAACGUGAGAUGAUUGACAUGUUCACCAGUACUUUGUCUGGACACUAUUACUUGCCCUGCAGUGCUUCAGCCAACUUUUCUGAAAUGUUGGGAGCUUCUUCUAAUACUCCUAGUGGUAAGAAACAAGCUGAGGGUUAUGCUCUAAGGAAGGAAGGAAAUGCGGAUGCCAUAUAUGGUAGAAGGGGUUCAGGGAGAAGCAAUUCACAGGUGAAUGCUGUCAUGAUCCCAGUAUCGCAACAACAUCAGCAAGGACAUCAUUCCAAUACUGAUCGCUAUCCUCCCAGGACCAGGCCUCACAGAAAGAUUGAUCCGAUUCCUAUGACUUAUGCUCAAGUGUUGCAACAUUUGCUCAAGAUUAAGAAGAUUACUUUGAGAGAUGCUCCGAGUGCUCCGGACACACAAUCUCCGAAUUACAAUGCAAACGUACGAUGUGCUUUCCACUCAGGUGCCGCUGGCCAUGAUACAGAGAGGUGCAUUGCACUGAAGAACAAAGUCCAGGACUUGUUGGAUCAAAAGAUAAUUCAAUUCACUCCUACACCCAAUAUCGUCAAUAAUCCGAUGCCUGCUCACGGAGGUUCGGGUGUGAAUGCCGUUGGGAGUGAAGGGAUAAGGGUUGUAUCUGAAGUGAGUUGUUUGACCUUCCCUCUUGUGUCUGCAAAGCAACAUCUGGUCAAUAGUGGCAUCUUCCCGGGUUGUGGUGUUGACUGUGAGAAUUGCAAAAGGCAACCUGAAGGUUGUGCUGAUUUGAAGAGUAUGGUACAAAGGCUGAUUGAUGAGGGUCCUCUUCAGUUUUAUCGAAGGUUGAGAGGCGCGAAGAGUAAUGGCGGUGAAGUUAUCCCGUAUGAGGAACAACCAGCGGCGUUGAUGAUUACCGUGCCUGGGCCUAUUCCAUAUGAGAGUGAGAAGGCCGUCCCUUGGCAUUAUGGUUCAGACGUGUAUUACUAUGGCACGAGGGAAGAGAGUGAGCCGUCUAAAGAGAAGCUUGUUGAGGCCUCAGUUGCAAACACUGAUAACUUCGCCGGUACUGGUAGAAUCACUCGCAGUGGUAGGGUGUUCUCUCCUCAGCCUAUUCAAAACAAUGCAGAUGCUUUGGCUAAGGCCAAAGGAAAGCAAGUAGUGACUGAUGUCCAGAAUCCUCCAAUUCAGAAUGGGGCACCUGAUAUUGCUGUGUCUUCCCAGGAUGUGGAGUAA